UUUCUCUUUCUGUGACAGCAACAUAGUAGCUACAGUCUUAUUGUGAAGGCAUCAGAUCGGGAUGGAGCUGCAGAUGGAAUAUCAUCCCUUUGUAGCUGUAACGUUAAAGUUAUUGAUGUCAAUGACAACUUCCCAACUCUUGCUCAAAGCUCUUUUUCAGCAAGUAUUUCAGAAAAUUCACUCAGUUCAGAACUGCUACGAAUACAAGCUCUGGAUGCUGAUGAAGAGUUUUCAGACAAUUGGUUAGCAGAGUUUUUCUUUAUAUCCGGUAAUGAAGAUAACUGGUUUGAAAUUGUUACAGAUCGAGCUACAAAUCAAGGAAUCCUUAGAGUAAUUAAGGAACUGAAUUACGAACAUCUCCAGACUCACUCACUGCUUAUUGCUGUCAGGAAUGUAGCUCCCUUCCAUCACUCUGUUGCACAAGAUUUCCAAAUGUCUGGAACACCCCUCACAAUAGAAGUGAAAAAUUUGAUUGAACCACCAAGAUUUCAUCCAUCUUCAGUUGUGUUUUCCAUGUCACAAAGCACAAGAGUGAAUUCUGUUGUGGGAACAUACACAGCCAUCGAUGAGGACACUGGAGCUAUUGCAUCAAAUGUUAUAUAUAGGAUAGGACGUGAUCCAGGUGCCUGGUUCAGAAUCAAUCAAAACACUGGUGAAAUCACACUGAACAAAGUUAUUGACCGGGAAUCAAUCUAUGUAAUGAACGGGCAGUACAGAGCAGAGGUUCUGGCUAUCACCAGAGGGGUUCCUCAACAUACUGCUACUGGCACCAUUGUGCUUUCAAUACAAGACAUCAAUGACAAUUGCCCAACUAUUAAUACUGAAUUAAGGAAAGUAUGUAUGCAUUCCCCAUCAGUGAUUAUCACAGCAAAACAUAUAGAAGGUGCUUCAUAUGCUCCCCCCUUUACAUUCAACAUACAUGGUGAACCUCAAACCACAUGGAUUAUCAGAUCAAUAAAUGCUUCCUCUGCAGAACUAGUGAGUCAGAGCAUGGACUUUUACCUUUAUAGGAUCUAUAUCGUCGUAAGAGAUAACCGAGGCCGACGCUGCCCUAAACCACUUGUAAUUCCUGUGCAAGCUUGUCAGUGUGAUAGUCGUAAUUACUGCACCAGCGGGGCCACAAAAGUAAUUAUCAUUGGUGGUGAUGAUGGCAGUGAAGGUACUGUUCCUGAUAAAGGAAGAGAUGAUGGUAAUGGUGGAACUGAAGGAGAAACUUACUACACAGACACCCCAGUAUACACUGAUGGAUACAGUGAUGGAGGAUUUACCUCAGCCACUGAUUAUGGAACUGUAAAUUAUGGCAGAAAUGCACCUUCCACCACACUUAGCGGUGCUGCCAUUGGCCUAAUGUUUCUCGGUGGAUUAAUAUUUGUUCUGAUUCCAAUUUUGAUGUCAAUGAGCGACUGUUGUGGCUGUGGACCUGGCGCUGCAGGUGGAGUUGGAACUGGAUUUGAACCUGUACCUGAAUGCACAGAAGGAGCAAUUCAUCCAUGGGGAAUAGAAGGUGCACAGCCUGAAGACAGGGAUGUCUCACACAUUCUUGCCCCAACAACAGCUGCAGGAGGUGAUUUUGGUGAACCCUCUGACAUAUAUACAAACACAUAUGGAGGAGGAGGAGUAGUAGCUUCUGGUGUUGAAGAAACUACAGGGGUAGGCUAUGGCACUGGUACUGGUUACGGAACAGCUGGAGGAAUUUCUGGAACAGGGGAAGCAAAAGGGUCAAUUGGAGGAACAAUAAAAGAGUAUCGAGAAGGAGGGGUGAACAUGGCCUUCCUAGACAACUACUUCUCUGAGAAAGCAUUUGUGUAUGCAGAUGAAGAUGAAGGUCGGCCAGCAAAUGACUGCCUAUUAAUAUAUGAUCAUGAAGGAGUUGGUACUCCUGUUGGCUCUGUGGGUUGCUGCAGCUUUAUUGGAGAAGAUACAGACGAAACGUAUUUGGAUACAUUAGGACCAAAAUUUAAGACCUUGGCAGAGAUCUGUCUGGGCAAAGAGAUCGAACCUUUCCCUGAUGUCAACGCACCCUGGCCAUCCGUUAACGUCUCCUUUCCCAACCCUGAAAGUGAUCUAAACCUCCCACCACCUGGAACCACCAUCAUUGUCAACGGAGGUGCACCUAUGCCUCCCCCAGUCGGUACUACAACGGUUGUUACUGAAAACACCUACACAUCUGGGUCAACCAUACAGCCCCCAAGGCCGAUGCCGGAUCCUUUGCUCCAUGGCAACAUGACGGUGACUGAGACCUACACCUCCGGCUCCCCCUCUCUUUGUGUCGACCCUCUGCGUGCAUCCAACGUUGUUGUAACAGAAAGGGUUGUCGGUCCUGCAUCUGCCUCUGAUUUGCGUGGCAUGCUAGAUAUCCCCGAUCUCGCAGACGGGUCCAAUGUUAUCGUCACGGAAAGAGUAAUCGCGCCUAACUCCCGGCUCCCGACCUCUCUGAGCAUUCCUGAUUUGGUAGAUGGGUCGAAUGUGGUGGUGACCGAAAGGGUGUUCAGGCCUGCCUCCGGCAUGCCAGGCAGCUUAAUAAAUAUUCCCUCGGAGUUAUCAAAUGCCCACAACGUGGUGGUCACCGAGAGGGUAGUGUCAGGGUCUGGGAUGAGCAGCCUGGGGGGGACAAGCCUAGGGGGGGCAAAUCUGGGGGGCCUGAGUAGCGCAGGUCAGAUGCUCAGUGCCGACCUUGGCCAGGCAAUGGGCACGGCAUCCCCUGGCACCUCCCGAAGGAGAGUGACAAAGUACAGCACUGUGCAGUACUCCAGUCAGUAA